AUGCUUCCAAAUUUCAUUACAGAGGUUUUCGUUUUUAUGUUUAUUUUAGUGCUACAUACACUAGCCCCAUCAUUUCCUCCCAAAGUUUGUGCAUCAGCUUUUGCGGAAGAGGCUGCUGCCCUCUUAAAAUGGAAAGCCAGUUUUGCCAACCAGAAUAGUUCCCUCUUGAUUUCAUGGAAUAUUAAGCCUACCAAAGCCAAGAAUUCUUCCAGCCCUUGCACUUGGGCUAGUGUUUCAUGCAAUAUUGAUGGAAGUGUCAACAGACUGAACCUCACAAAUUCCAAUGUCAGCACGACACUCUAUGACUUCCCAUUUUCAUCCUUGCCAAACCUUGAAUACGUUGAUCUUUCCAUGAAUGAACUUUUUGGCAGCAUACCGGCCCAGAUUGGUAAUCUUUCCAAGCUCAUUUAUCUCGAUUUCUCGAUCAAUCAGCUGUCACAAGAAAUCCCACCUGAAAUUGGCUUGUUACAAAAUCUUCAAGUCCUCCAUCUGAACGAAAAUCAAUUGUCUGGUCCAAUUCCUGAGGAAUUGAGCCAUUUAGUCUAUCUUACUGAGGUUGAUUUGAAUACCAAUCAUAUCAAUGGCACAAUUCCAUCUUCCUUGGCAAAUUUGGUUAACUUGACAUACUUGUCUUUGUAUGGAAACCUAUUAUCUGGUUCCAUUCCUCCAGAAAUAGGAAACUUAUCCAAUCUUGUCACUGCUUUUUUGAGCUCUAACCUUCUAACAGGUUCAAUUCCACCUGAUCUAGGUAACCUCAGUAAGUUGGAGACCUUGUUCCUUUUCCAAAACAAUCUGUCCGGUUCCAUUCCAGUUGAGUUAGGGCAGUUGAAAUCACUUCAAAAUUUGAGCUUGUUCGGAAAUAAUCUCAUUGGCACAAUUCCAACAUCACUGGGUAAUCUGACGAAUUUGACUGUCCUCCAUCUCUAUGAUAACCAACUCUCAGGCUCAAUUCCUGAAGAGUUGAGCAACCUAGAGCUACUUACAGAUUUGGAACUAGACAGGAAUGAACUGAACGGUUCUAUUCCUAAAUCAUUUGGUGAUCUGAGCAACCUGGAAUUUCUGUUUCUUCGUCAGAACCAGCUUUCUGGUUCAUUCCAGAGGAGCUUGGGAAGUUGGCAAAGUUGGCUGUGA